CUUGACAGCCUCUCCCAGCCAGGACACAGCACCAUGCCAGAGAAAGCAGUAGUGACCUUGCGCUAUGGUCCCUACAGCGCAGUAGGCCUGUCCGUGGAGCACCGCACCUACCGACUCCAGGGUUUGCAAGCUGUGUUGGCCAAAGAUGGGCAUCAGAUCAUCCUGGAGCAGAUAGAAGACUGGAAUCUGGUGGAGCUUGUGGUAAAUGAAGAGACAGUCUUUCAAUGUGAUAUCCAAGACCUGGAGUUCGGGGGUGAUGGCAAACUAGAUCCGCUGUGUGAGGAGGCCAGGAUCGCUGUGCUAAAUGCCUUCUGAUAUUGUGGAGCAGACAGAAGAACACCAGCUAUGUCCUCCAGUCUACAGCAAAAGGGACUUAGUGGGCACAUGGACGGUGGGCUCUACCAGUUAGAACAUAGCAAUGCCACCUGUCCACUAGUCUGUCCAGCUUGGGAUCCUCAUCUAGCUGCAUAGGCACCCACAAAAAUAAUAAAAACGCCUCCCUGGCAGCCUCUCUCAAUCUCAGCCCAUAGGGAGAGCCCUCCAAUAUCAGGUGCACUGGAUCUGAAGGAAAUAAGAAAAUGCAAUCUAAUAACAGAGCACCAUCCCCUAAUAAAACAUCAUUGCCAGAAGCAUUAGACAUUCCAUUCUGAAGCCCGCCAAGAAUCAGGAGCAGGUGAAAUUAAAGAGCUUCUGAGUAGGGGGUGGGAAGGAGGGCUCUGAAAGUCUGGACCAAACCAAUGUAAACGUAAAAUUCAAAAACCUGACCGUCUAUGGGUUUGUUUCUUACUCUAACUGGGAUACAUUUUUAAUUGCUAG